AUGUCGUCCCCGGAGAGAAUAAAGAGGAGGAAGCAGAAUCCGCCGCCGACGCCGCAAUCGACCCCAAAUCCGCCACUUCCUUAUGAUCUGCUGUUGAGCUGCAUCGCACGCGUCUCGAGGCUGUACUAUCCGACUCUCGCCCUCGUCUCCAAGAGCUUUCGAUCUCUCAUCGCUUCACCGGAGCUUUACAAGACCCGAUCACUCUUGAGCCGCACCGAGAGUUGCCUCUAUGUGUGCAUACAAUCCUCUAGCGCUUCCGUUCGUACCUGCUUUCGAUCUCUCAUCGCUUCACCGGAGCUUUACAAGACCCGAUCACUCUUGAGCCGCACCGAGAGUUGCCUCUAUGUGUGCAUACAAUCCUCUAGCGCUUCCGUUCGUACCUGGUACACUCUCUGCCGGAAACCUAAUAAAACUCUAAGCAAUGAAACCAAGUCAAGUGGGUAUAUUUUGGCUAGAGUCCCGGUUCCCGAGUCUUCUUGGUCUCGCCAUCCGGAUUCGGGUCUUGUGGCUGUUGGUUCUGAUAUCUACAACAUUGGCGGAUCCGAUUUCCUCUCCAUGGCCUCGAGGUCCCUCUCUAGGGUCAGGGUACUGGAUUGUCGGUCUCACACGUGGAGCGAGGCUCCAAGCUUGCCGGUUGCGCUCUGUUUGUUUUCUGCAACCGUCGUUGAUCGGAAGAUUUACGUAGCGGGUUGGCACAAGGAUGGUGGUUCUGGUUUGAAGAACGUGUUCCAGGUGUUGGACACAGAAGCUCAAGUUUGGGAUAUUUUGCCCAGCUACGAGACACGUGUCUUUUUCCGAAAGACCGCAUCUAAUGGAGGAAAUUUCCACGUGCUGACUACUCGCAAUGAGGAGGUUGCUUACGAUCCCAAAGUUGGUAGAUGGGACGCUGUUGAAUCACUGGUGGAUUGGUGGUAUAGGGAUUGUUGCGAGAUAGGCAACGUUUUGUACGCUGCCGGAGGGGGAGUUUUGGUAUGGUAUGAUACUGAGGAGAGAAGGUGGAGAAAGGUGACGGGUUUGGUAGGACUUCCUGAGCUCAACAGUGAAUCUCGUGUUAAAUUGGCUGAUUAUGGUCGAAAGAUGGGGCUUUUGUGGCAAGAGGAGGCGCUUGUGCCUUGGGUCUGCGUUAAGAAGAAGCUUCGUGGUGAGCCUUGGCCUCGGGUCCGCUAUACGCAGACGGAGACGAAGAUUUGGUGUGCGGAGAUUGCGCUUGAAAGGCGCAACAGUUGUGAAAUUUGGGGGAAAGUUGAGUGGUUGGAUCAUGUGCUCACAGUCCCUUCAGGUUCUAAGGUCAUGACGCUUCUUGCUGCUACUCUCUGA